AAUAGGUCGAAGUCGAUAUUCUCUAUUUACAUUGCAUCGGUGUCAAUAUCCUGAUGAUGGUUGGACUGUCGUGACGUCACCAGAGAGAGAGAGAGAGAGUUGCUUCGAUGCCUUGACAAAAUUAAAACCCACGUGUACUCUACCACAAGUUGACAAGGUAAGAUCGUAUUUGAAUGUCAAACGAGGAACGCAAAAAAAAGGAAACAUGUCGAAUGAUAGGCCAUGUUUUACCUAUUUGGCAGGUCGAGGGUUGGCCGAAGUUACUCGCCUUGCUUUGAAUGCAGCAAGAAUAGAAUAUGAUGAAGUCUACUUACAAACCAGGGAAGAAUUCCUACAGCUCAUUGCAGAUGGUAAACUGAUGUUCAAGCAAGUUCCCCUGCUAGAGAUUGAUGGAGAGAACGUUAUAGGGAGUGAACCUGUGCUCCGAUAUGUCUGUAGGAAAUACAACUUCAAAGCCAAAUCCCCAGAGGACCAAGUCAAAGUUGAUAUGUUAUCCAUGGGAGCCAGAGAUAUGCUAAGAUCGGGAUUUUCUGCCGCCCAAUUCCAGAAAACUCGAGAAGAACAGGAAACAAUGCUCCAAGGAGCUGUAAAACAAUGCAAGAACAGAUACUUCCCCGUCUUCGAAAAGAUUCUUGGCGAAAGCAAAUCAGGGUUCCUUGUCGGAGAUUCUCUCACCAUGGCAGACUUUAUGUUUUUCGAUGGCCUGAGCUACGUGAACGAGAUCCCGAGAAUCAAGCCCUUACUAGAUGACUUCCCUAAUCUCCAGAAGUACAUUGUCCACUUCUCAAACCAACCGGGACUCAAGGAAUACCUUUGUAGCUCUCGACGCCACCCACCUCCCGAUGAUGAGUAUGUACGGGUCGUCAACUUGGUUCUUGACUGGUGAUUGGCACGAUUUAC